AACACACUCACUCGGGCUCUGUGUGAGAGAGAGAGAGCAGGGUCUUAUUUGUGUGAGCUCAUGUGUGUAUGAGCAAGGGAUGAUAAAUCCUCUGGAAAAAGGAUGAAUGGUUAGUAUGAAGAGCUCAAAAACGGGACGGCGGCAAGAUGGCAAAAGAAAGAACUUGAAAGCCAUUUCUCUCCCUGCCUUGGAUUCUUACAGAGACAGAGUUUAGUAUGAUGCAUCUUUUUUUUAAAGGACUGAGGAGAAUUAUUUCCUGCUGACUUCUUUUUGCCACCAAGUUUAAAUAGGGAAGGGAGCUAGAGACCAUCUGAGGAUCUCAGUUUGCCCUCUGGAGCUCCACACUUCACUGGGCUUUGAAAACAGGGACAGGGGUUAAACAAAUGUUGGACCGGAGAGAAAAGGAAUGACGGAAUGAAGACAGUGUUUCUCUGUCAUCUGAGCGGCUGAGACUCUGUCUCUGGGGGGUCGCCUACUGUAGUCUCAAGUGGAACCUCGGUUCUCUGUCCACAACUGAAGAUCAGCAGGGACACUUCCCGAGGGCGGCUGCGCGGACUAUACUACAGCCAUGCUGUGUGGUCUGAGGAGGGACACCAAGAACAGCACUGAUGAAGGACCAUACUCGAAGGGAAGCAAGGAGUCCGGGGGAAGUGACCAAUCACAUUUGUCCAGGAGGCGCAGCCUUUCAGAAGAGUACAGGGGAGUGACCACGGUGGACCUGAUAAAAAGGGAAGGCAGCAGCCUUGGCCUCACCAUCUCCGGUGGCUCCGAUAAGGACGGCAAGCCCAGAGUGUCAAACCUACGGCCAGGUGGGCUCGCUGCCAGGAGUGACCAGCUGAAUGUAGGAGACUACAUCAAGUCAGUCAAUGGCAUCAACCUAUCAAAGCUUCGCCAUGAUGAGAUUAUCAGCCUGCUGAAGAACAUCGGGGAGCGAGUUGUGCUGGAGGUGGAGUACGAGCUGCCUCCGUUCGUCCAGACCCCCUCAGGAGUCCUGACCAAAACAAUAGAGGUGUGUUUACACAAGGAGGGAAACAGCUUUGGGUUUGUCAUGAGAGGAGGCUUUCAUGAAGACUGGCGCAGGUCUCGUCCUUUGGUGGUGACGUACGUCCGACCCGGUGGUCCUGCUGACAGAGAGGGCACUUUGAAGGCCGGCGACCGAGUAUUGAGCAUAGACGGGAUGCCUUUAAACAGAGAGAAGCACGCUGACGCUUUGACCAUGCUGAUGCAGAGCGGCCAGGAAGCUCUGUUCCUGAUUGAGUAUGACGUCUCUGUCAUGGAGGCUGUGCAACAAGCCUCGGGCCCCCUGCUGGUGGAGAUUGUGAAGGGUCCGUCUGCCAGCCUGGGGAUCAGUCUCACCACAACAAUAUACAGGAGCAAACAAGUUAUUAUUAUUGACAAGAUAAAGGCAGCUAGCGUGGUUGAAAGGUGCGGAGCGCUGCGCGCAGGUGACAUCCUCCUGUCCAUAGACGGGACCAGCACAGAGCACUGCUCCCUGAUGGAGGCCACGCAGCUACUGGCCAGCACCUCGGAUAUCGUCAAACUAGAGAUUCUUCCAGCUAGUCAGAGCAGACUUCCUGUCAGACCACAAGAUACAGUAAAAGUGCAGAAGAGCAACCACCAUCACUGGGACCAAAGCAGCAACUACUGCCAUCCCCCACAUGCCAGCCACAGCAAGACAUGGAGCAGCCCCAGCCACCCACACAACCAGCAAGACCACUGCAAAUCUCUGGUGAGCGGGGGCUUCUCCCCGUCCUCCACAGCCACCUCGGGCUUCAGCAGCCAGGGCAGCAACACACUGCCCUGCUCCGUCCCGCCGGUCGCUCCCACCAGCCCCCGCGGCUCGACCGGCAAGAGGAGGAACAGGAAGAAGGACCACAAGAGCUCACUAUCUCUGGCGUCCAGUUCUGUCGGCCCAGGGGGGCAGAUUUUUCAUGUGGAAACGAGCGAGGUCUUCCUGAGGGGGGAUCCACUCACAGGUUUCGGGAUCCAGCUGCAGGGGGGCGUCUUUGCCACAGAGACCCUAUCCACUCCCCCGGUCAUCCGCUUCAUUGAGCCCGACAGCCCAGCUGAGAGGUGUGGGCUGCUGCAGGUUGGAGACAGACUGCUGUCCAUCAACGGAAUCCCAACUGAAGGUGGCACUUUGGAGGAAGCUCAUCAGUUGCUCAGGGACUCCGCUCUGGCCAAUAAGGUCACAGUAGAGGUUGAGUUUGAUGUCGCAGAAUCGGUGGUUCCCAGCAGUGGCACCUUCCACGUCAAACUACCCAAGAGGAGAGGAGUGGAGCUGGGCAUCACCAUCAGUGCAAGUAAGAAACCCGGCAAGCCCCUCAUCAUCUCUGACAUCAGGAAAGGAAGCAUAGCACACAGAACGGGCACUCUGGAGCCCGGAGACAGGCUGCUGGCCAUCGACAGCGUGCGUCUGGAGAACUGCACCAUGGAGGACGCCAUGCACGUCCUGCAGCAGGCCGAGGACAUGGUCAGACUGCGGAUCCAGAAGGACGAGGACAACAUUGACGAGUUGGAGAUGUCGGGCUCUAUAAUCUACACAGUGGAGCUGAAGAGAUACAACGGACCACUGGGCAUCACCAUCUCUGGCACAGAGGAGCCCUUUGACCCCAUCGUCAUUUCUGGGCUCACCAAGAAAGGCCUGGCAGAGAGGACUGGAGCAAUCCACAUAGGGGACCGAGUCCUGGCCAUCAAUGGGGUCAGUUUAAAAGGAAAGCCGCUGAGCGAAGCCAUCCACCUCCUUCAGAUGGCCGGGGAGUCCGUCACGCUCAAGAUCAAGAAACAAGCCGACAAGUCUGAAGGCCGACGGCCUGUGGACAGAGAAGCUGAGUUUCUUAGUGACACCGAGGACGAGCUGACGGACUCCCAGAAGACCAGUAAACACUAUGAGGUCUACUCUGCCACUGUUCCCAGUAUAGACUCGGCCAUGAGCUCCUGGGAUAGCUCGGGGUUUGACGCAGGCUACAGCAACCAAGGGACAUAUCUUCACAAAGCAUCCGAUAUAUUGCUCAAUCCGAAUGAGUGGAGGCGCACAAAGCACAGGAGCCAAACCAGUUCGAGCUCGGCUGGUUUAGUCCACCGCACAGCGCUGUAUGAUGGGAGAUUCACCGAGGAUGAGUGGGACAAGAUACCUGGAUUCGUCAGCCCCCCUCGUUGCCAUGGCACCCUGAACCAGGAGGACAGCUUCUGGUCCCAGGCUCUGCAGGACCUCGAGACCUGCGGCCAGUCGGAGAUUCUCAGGGAGUUGGAGGCAUCCAUGACAGGUAGUGCACUUAGUCUAUACCUAGAGGAGACCAAGACAAAUGAAGAGUUGAUGUUUCAGUCGGAGAUUAGUCCCAUUAAAUGCGAGGGAAUCCACUCCAAGACUAAGAGUAACCUGAACAUGUCGACUGGAGCCAGAGAUGUACCAGCCCGCGGCAAAGGAGGCCCCUGCGACCUUUUGUCCAGUACAACGCUGGCCCUGCACAAGGUGACAAUAAGGAAAGACCAUGAGAGCCAUGACUUUGGUUUCAGUGUAUCUGACGGGCUCCUGGAGAAAGGGGUCUAUGUCAACAUGAUCCGCCCCGAUGGCCCAGCUGACCAGGCGGGUUUAAGGCCUUUCGACCGCAUUCUUCAGGUGAACCGUGUGAGAACCAGGGACUUGGACUGUUGUCUAACUGUGCCCCUAAUUAUGGAGGCUGGCGACUGUCUGGACUUGGUCAUUAGCAGGAAUCCACUGGCGGCAGCAGACACCGGGCUGCCCGAUGACUGCGACGACCCCUCAAACUCACUGUUCUGCUUUCCCCAACACAUGACCAGCAGCAUCGCCCUGUGAUGGGGCAGAGACGGACACUAGCUGUUGAAACACACCAGUACUGGCACACACACACACACACACACACACACACACACACACUAACACGUCACGCCCGGUUCGGUUUGUCACAUUGUACCUCUGAGAGAGACCUUCACACUAAUUUUCAGCACGCAGACCAUCCUCUCACAUGCACAAACACAAUCCGCCACGCUCCACCCCCCGAAAGCAUUUGUCACUCACAAAGUUACAAGUGCAUGUGUUCACUGUUGGCAGUUUAAGUCACUCCCCGCCCCCCCCACCACACACACACACACACACACACACACACACACACACACACACACACACACACACACACACACACACACACACACACACACACACACACACACACACACACACAACACCUUCCCCCUCCAGAGGCAAAGCCACAUGUAGAGUUAUAUAACGGGGGACUCAUGGCCUCCGACGGAGCCAGGAUGUCAACACUCUCGUCUCCACUCUGGAGAGAGUCAAACACUGCACACACACACACGCACACACGCACUGCACAAAUGUACCUUCUUUUGCUUGUUCUCAUUCAAAGAACAACAAUCCAGUUGUAUGAAGUGGAAUUUUGUUCUUUAUGCUGAGCACAAAAGACUCUUCUAUAUGCACAUCACUCAGUAUACACACACGUACACACACACACACUCAUACACACAUAAAUAGGGGGGCAGUGGACUGAAUUAUUUCAGCCAUGUCUUGGCUCACUGCCCACGUUUCCAGUCUCCACACUGCCCGCCCUACAGAAGGGACAGUGCCUGCAAAUAGACAGAAUGCUCCAUACUACUUUCCAAGUAUGAAGUAUAAUUUCAAAGCCCUAUUUAUUUUCGUCCCACAAAUGCUUUUGAAGACACUCUUCCCUUUCAGUUCUAAAGCGGAUGUCCCUUGACAGUUUUUGCAUUAAUUAAUUUUAAUUUUAAUUAAAAAUUAUUUCUUUGUUUUGGUCACUGUCCUUUUGACCCAAACACACGUCUACAAAGAUAUUGUUUUCACUUUCACGCUCUGCAUGCCUACAUUUCUCUAUUACAGUCAAAGAGUUCAGGUUUCCCUUUCACUUUUUCACAUUUCACUGCGUGAAUCCGAGUCUCUGUAUGUGGCAUUGCACCAGAAUCGGUCUUAUAUGGUUCACGGUCUAUCACCGAGUUUACUUAAAUGAAUCACAUCCGUUACCAAAACAGAGGAUGAAAUGCCUUUUCGAUCUUCAGUGAUGAAUUCUCUCCACAUCUGGACUGGAUUGAUCAUCAGUGUGUUGCUGUCUGCGGUAGCUGUUUUUCUCCUCUGACAAUCUAUAAGCAUGUUAAGCAUGCUUUAAUGUUUGUCCUCGGCGAGUAUCUCCACCUUGUCAAAAAAAGACACUGGAUUAAUCUCCAUUUGCACCAACUGGAUUUUUGUGAGUGUGCUCCUCUUUUUGCGUCAUGAAAUUGUGUUUUUAAAAAGCAUUUGCGUAACAAAUCUGGCCUACAAAUCAAGCUGCCUCUCUGGAAAUAAACAAUUCUUUUUUGAAUUCCUGAUGUGAACAUGUUGUGAGUUACGGUCUUAUUUAUAGCAGCCUCAGAGACUGUUUUGUCCUUGGGGCGAUAACCUUUAUCAAUCUUAUUUCAGACUCAUGUCUUUUAAUAAAUGUCAUGUUGUAUACUGAUGCUGAUUUUUUUUUAAGGUUUUAUAUUAAUUUAAUAUAUUGUAUCUUUAUUUUACUGUAUAGUGUAUCAUGGUAUGCAGUACUUUUUUAUUUAUAGUACAUGCACAUACAGUGUAGUAUCUUCAUGUAGGCUGUGAUAUGAAUGUGGCUGCAUAUUUUUUUUAUUUCCACAUCCUCCCUGAAUGUCAGGAAUUAAUUCAACGGAACUUGAAAGAUUUAUUUGAUAUUAUUUUAUUUUUGUUAAUUAAUUUAUUAUAAACUAAGAAAUGUAUUUCUUUUUAUGGA